AUGUUCUUAACUAUUUUUUACAUGAUAGCCACAUUCAUGAAAGCACGGGCAACAUCACUUUUAAAGAAAUAUUUCAAUACAAUUUUUGAAGGAGAGAAUGAAUCUUCUAUUUUACUCUAUUCUAAGUUGCCUAAGUAUAUAUCCUCAAUAACUGAAGAUGUACCAAAGGAAGGGAUGCAAAAUAUAUCCAAUGAUAAUAUUCUAACUCCUUUAAAGUAUAAAAAAUAUUUUACUAAAGCACCUAAAUUUGAGAAAUUACUGUUUCAAGAAGGAGAUAUAAAAUUAUAUUCUGUAUGUCCUCAGCAACAAAUUGGCAUAUCAAGCUGGCUGGCCUAUUCCUGUGAGAAGUUAUUGUUUCCCUUUUAUGAAUGUAAUAACCGUCAAAUUUUAAGUGCAUCUGAUAACAUUCACGUUCUCGUCGAAGCUGCUUUUGGAACACGCGGAGUUCAGGCCUCAACAAUUGCUGCAAAACUUGAAGAUUAUGGUCUAAUUAUGGCAUGGACAGCAAAUCCAGAUAGUAUUGAUUUUAUUUUAAAGACAGAUAUUGAUCAUAUUACAAACUUUAUGAUCGCGAUCGUGGGUGAACAAUAUUAUAUGAAUAAUAGAGUAUCCUUCACAUGUAUACAAUCUGUAGCAGUAUCAGGGAAACCAUGUACUUAUGACAUAGAAGACUUGAAUUCAUCAUCAACUGCGAAUGCAAUAAGUACAACACAGAUAGAUUUGGAUACUUAUGUUGAAAAACUAAUUGCAUUAAGUACAGCAGCUGAAGAAGCUGAUAGGAAACAAAAAUCUCAGAAAAUUGUUGGCUACAGUGUACAUCCACAAAAUCAAGAGACAGACGCCAAAAUAUCAUCACCGAAUAUUCCCGUAGAACCUGUACAAAAAUCCAUACAUUUUAAUGAUAUUGAAAAUGGUACUGAAACAUUACAAACAUCUCAUUUAAGAUCGUUUACUGAUAUAAAAAAGCAUGAUUUAGAAUCUACAGUAACCCCAGUUAAUAUAAGUACUACAUCAAAAGAAGCAUGUACUGCCAGUAAUGUGACAAAAAAAUCUGGUGAUUCGGCAAUAUUUCAGUCAUAUGACGCUGUAAAGAAAAAAGACAAUAUAUUAUUAAGUACCAAUAAAGAAAUUAAAGAUACGCACCAAAGCAAAUCUACUAUAGAAACAAGGAAUAUCAAAACUCCUUUUACAUUGAAAAAAGAUGAGAAAUGUGGUGGAAUGCUUAAACCACCAAAUGUAGUCAUUUAUGCAGAUAGUCCAGAUGCAAUCAACAAUGUAAAGACUGUGUUAGAAAAAGCAUUAGAUACAGAUAGAUAUAUUAUCUAUGCAUUGUCGAGAGAAACUGCUUGCUCCAACGUUUGGGUAGAUCAGGUUGCUUUAGUUGUUAUUUGCGGAAAUGUCGAUUCAGAGAUCAAAACUCAGCUUGUUGAAUAUGUUAUACAUGGAGGUAAACUUCUGGCAUUGUGUUCUGACAUGCUUCAUACUUUGCUGCCAUCGUUCAAAACUGCAGAGGUGCGUGAAAGUGAACUUGUUCAUUUUUCCUAUGGUAAAUGGAAGCGUGUGCGUAUGAUGCAUCAUAUAUUUUGUUAUCACGCAUCCCCCGUACGAGCUCGUUUCUCACAAGAUCAAGAAGAUAUAAGAACACCUGGACUGAAUACUCCAUCAUCGACCAGUGUUAAAGAUAAAAAAGGAAAUUUAUAUUCGUUUAAUGUAAAAGUAUUAGGCACAGAGGAAACGUGGCACAAUCCAAGUAUACUACUCGCAACUUUGGCGAGCAGCGGUGGUAAAGUGGUGUUUUCUCAAAUUCAUUUGGAAGUGGAUCCAACGCAAUACGAAUAUGAGGAGGAUAAAUUCAAAGCGCUCAAGGAAAAUAACGUUGCUCGUUUGGAAAUAAUCAGUGAUUUGCUAAGUACACAUCUAGAAAUGGAAACAAAAAAUCAUGUGGCUGAAACAGCUGCAAUAUACACUCCGGCAUAUUUCUUAGGAAGAUAUGAGGAGAAGAUAGAAGUACUUAAAAAACUGAAAUCUAAAAUGCAACCAUAUGAUUUAUUGAAAAUGUCGCAAUUAAGCAUACAGUUUUGCUCAAAGUUCAAUGAAUUGCAAAGAAUUGCUCCAUCAGCUUCAUGCCUUCCUAUUUUGAUACAUGGUUGCCCAGAUAAUUUUUCUACUACAAAAUACUUUGAGAUGCUCGAUACGAAGAAACUGGGUCGCUUAGUGAUUUAUGCAGAUGUCUUAACAUCGUCUAUGCAUGUAACUGACUGUACUUUGCUGGAACAUGGGCUGGCAGUUAUUCCACGACAGCAAACUAAAGGCCUAGGUCGAGGUCGAAAUAUGUGGCUUAGUCCAAUUGGUUGCGCCAUGUUUACGUUACAAAUGCAUUUUGAACUGAAUUCAGUCAUAGGAAGUCGUAUCUCAAUACUUCAGCAUUAUAUUGCUGUGGCGAUCGUACAUGCUGUAAGAUCAAAAUCAGGAUACGAGGAUAUUAAUAUCAGACUAAAAUGGCCUAAUGAUAUAUAUAUCGGUAAUUCGACAAAGAUCGGCGGCCUGUUAGUAAAAACAAAGAUAGAUGAUAGAAAUUGUAUUUGCGAUAUCGGUUCUGGUAUAAAUCUCUUUAACAGUAAGCCAACAUUGUGCAUUAAUACUGCAAUUGAAGACUAUAAUCAGAAGUAUGGUACAAAUUUGCAAAUGUUUUCGUACGAAGAAUUCAUAGCACAAGUAUUUAAUUGCAUUGAAUACUUGAUAGAUAGAAUUAUACAUCAAGAAGAUAUAAAGUUCUUCUACGAACUUUAUUAUAAAUAUUGGUUACAUGAGAAUUCCAAUGUAACAGUGGUAAAACGAAACGGAGAAUCUGAGAAUGUUGUGAUUAAGGGUAUCGAUGAUUUCGGAUAUCUAUUGGUAGAAGAUGGUAAAGGUAACAAAUUUUCUCUUCAUCCGGAUGGAAAUACGUUCGAUCUUCUCAAGGGACUAAUAAUACCGAAAUAGAGUCCACAGUGACAUUUGUGAUCUGUUAUUAACAUCGUGUUAUCAUCAAUAUUAAUUAUAUCAUACUUAUUAAUCGUUGUUGAAAAUGAUUCUUUAUCAGUGCUGGAUAAAAUAUAUUCACGAGAGUAUUUUCUAAAUAUUGUUUUAAAUUUACUAAUUAAAUUUAUAUCUGCUGACAUGUGCAUAUAUAUAUUUUUUUAUUAAAUAUAAUUUAUAUUAGUGUAUUUUUUAUUCAAAUUCAAAUUUUUCAAAUAUGCAUGUGUUUAAAUAUUCUGAUUAAGUUUAUAUUUACUUGUUAACGUACAUAUAUAUUUAAAUAUAAUUUACCCUAACAGCACAGAUGUCCAGGGGACAUCCUGAGAAAGUCCUGAGAACAUUUGUUCAUUCUCAGGAUGUUCUUAGGACGUCCUCAGGAGAUCUUAUGCUGUUUGGGUAUAUAUUUAUGUAUAUUCUUAAUAAAUAAAGACAAUAAUAUAUAUUUUUAUAAUAUAUAUAUAUAUAUAUUUUUUUUAUCAAUAUUUUCACGAAUAUAUUUUAUCAAGCACUAUGGUCUACAUGUAAUAGAUACUUAAGGUUCAAAGUCUUAAGAUCUGAUAACAAAUUAAAGAUACAUGUAAUCUGUUUUGUAUAUAAACAGGCAAAAAAUUAUUACAACAUUAUAUAUGUACAAACAUAA